UGAACCAUCACGUUACUCGGACAAACAAGGAAGUAAAACCAGCUCUUUUGUUUUCGGUUUGAGGGACCAGACUUCAGACCGGUUUACCCACAAAGUUUAAACAGACACCAUGAGUGACGUCCCUCUCAACACGCUGGUUCUGAUCGGUGUGGGAUCCAGCUUCGCCUUAUCCAGCCUGUUCUAUCGUUUAUAUCAAGAGAAGAAGAAGGAGCUGGAAAAGCUUAAGGAAAUACCCAUCUUCAAACCAGACCAACAUCUGGUCCAAGUACUGAAAGCGUCGCCCCACAGGAGACUCCAGUAUGUUGCUGUGGAAGGUCGGGUCCAGGCGGACGGGGAGCCUCUGGCCAGCCGGUUCGUCCCACGAUGCUUUGGUGUGAUUCAGAAGAUCGCCGUGGAGGAACACUGGAAAUACUGGAACAACUUCACCAGGACGUGGAAUUCUCGGACAACGAAUAAGAAAGAGACCAGCAACUCUGUGCCCUUCAGCCUGAUCAGCCCUGGAGCCUACAUGACUGACUUGUACGUGAAAGUGCAGAACCCUCUGGAGGCCUCCGGCUGCCCCCUGGAGAGGGUCUACCACAAAUUAAGACGUUCUGAGGAGGGCUUGGUGAACCUGGCGUUGCAGGGCCUCAGCGGGGAGAAACCUGUGGCGAUGGUGGAGAGCGAGGAGCUGCUGCGGGUGGGGAGCAUCCUGACCGGGUUCGGGGAGGUGGUGCUGGAGGGAGGCCAGGUGAUGAGGCUGCAGGCGCCGCAGGACGACCGCAAAUACAUGCUGGUAGCCACCGACUACAGGAGCUUUAUAGACAGGCACGAGAGUUCAGCCACCAUGUGGAAGACGCUCACUGCUGUCACCGGCCUCACAGGGGCGUCUCUGCUAGCAGGGGUCAUUUACAACUUAGUAGGAAAACAGGAUGACAGGUCAAAGUAGGCUUGAAGAGGAGGAUCUUGCAGGUUGGAUGACUGCUGAAGCUGUUGUGUCAGUUUCUUGGGUGUAAAACGGCAUCAGGUGUUUUGUCAAGUUAGGUUCACAUCACACGUUUUUGAUUUUGGAUAUUUUGGAUAAAAAUACUGUCGCAGCUUUAGAUUUCUUUCACUGCAGACAAGUGCUUUCUAACUAAAGUGACCGCGAGAUGCAAAACACAUCACUAUUGGCCGAAUGUCUUUUUAUAGCUGGGCAAUAAUUCAAUAAUUAUAACAAUAGCAUUUGCAUCAAUAACAAUGUAACAAAGGUUCAAUAUGCAUCAGUAUAUUGAUAAUGCAUUGUGUAAGCACUGAGGAGGUAUAACACAAAAUCUUUUUGUCAUAUACUAUUAGAUACUGACUGAAACUUAUUAUUUUUGGCCAUAUCGUCCAGCCCUAAUGUCUCACAAAAUAUAUUAACAAGACCUAAAACAGGAUAGCAAGCAACAGUAUUUAUUGUUUGUGAUCAGACAGAUCCCAAGUACAUAAUGUGUUGUCUGUUACAUUGUGUACUUAUUAUUGUACUUUAAUAUAUUCUGUGGUAUUGUGUUGUAUUUACUCAAGGCUUGUUGUGUUUCACUCCUCAGAGCCUCCAAACUAAUCCGACCACUUCAGAAAUGUGUUCUUAUCUUAUCUUUCUCUAUGAUAAGUCUCCAUCAUACACAAAUCCUAAACCUGAUGUGAACCAAGUCUUUUAAGUGUUUGACUAUUUUUCUUCUGAUGCUGGUGUUGAACUCAGGGUCUGAUAAAGACAAUUAAAAAGUCGGUAAGCCUAAAAGUGUCGACAUAGAGAAGGUGAAUUCCUAACAGAUACUGUCACUAAAGAUUAGUGAGGGAACAAAUCAUAGAAUCAUACAUUUAAGUAUUUUACCUCCUAUGAUUGAUCAACUUUAAAAGUAAUAAAAUCAAAACUACUUUAUCAAGGGAACAUUGUAUUUUUUGAAUAAGUUUUUUUUAAAUAAUUUUGCAGAAUUGCAUUAUCGUGACAAAUCGAAUUAAACUUACAUUUUUAGGAUUUUUUUGCUUUUAUUUUUCUUUGCAGGGCUUUUACUGUGAAUCUGAUAAGAGAAAUAAUUCUCAGUCUGAGAUUCCAGACAGUAAAUCUGAAUAUACUCUGAUUAAGACCACGUCAAUUUAGCUGCUUUUUUUCUACCUCUUAAAUCAUUAAGAUUUGACUCUAUUGCCGUUGGUCCUUUGGUCAGUUUGUAGAGGGUGAUGGCAACAAACACUGAUGGAAGAAAUCCCUUCACAGGUGGUGGUUUUACUCAUGUCUGUAAUAAUAACUGUAAUAAAAAUAUAUUUUCAAAUCCGA